UCCCUGCGUCUAAUUAAUUAGACCACCGCCCAACCCCGCAAAUCCGGAAAUCUCACAUGCCAUAAUUAGAUGCCCGGUAGAUCCACCCGCAUCAACAUCGGCAUUCAUCAUCCGUAGCCCCACUCGCACACCACACCACGUUGGAUUCUAUUACCCGUUUUAUCAAAGACGUCACGAAUACCACCAACCCAACCACUCAAACACUCUUAGCACCAACCCAUGCUCCACAUCCACAGCACUAGUCACUCUAUAUAGACAUACACAUAACUUUCCCCCAUUUCCCCAAAGACCCUGCCAGAGCAAAUGUACGACUACAACUACAUUGACAACUCGACUUCGUACCGCGAGGAACUGGACAAUCUGAAGCGUAAAUCCCGUGGCCAUCAUCAUCAUCAUCAUCAUCAUCAUCAUCAUCAUCAUCAUCAUCAUCAUCAUAAGCAGCUGCAGCAGCAGAACGAGAGUCUGGAUAGGCAGCGUCGUAGCGGCAAUCUUCCUGGCUGGCAAUCCGAUAGUGACGACAGCAACAAUAAUAACAUGACCGGCCCCGCGAAACAGAGGCAGCGACACGACACGCUGGCGCAGAAGGCGGCGCGCAAUCCGACGUUGUUGGGCGAUCCGGUUAGUUUGAAGGCGGAGGAGGCGGCGGUGGCACCAUCGCCGUCGUCGUCGUCGUCGUCGUCGUCGUCGUCGCAAGGGGAGGCAAAUGCAGGGAAGGGCAAAGCCCCAACCCUCAAGCAGCGCGCUCUGCAGAACCGGUCCAUGCUCGGCGACCCGGUGAGUCUGAAGGCGGAGACGACGGAGAGGGAUCCCGUGGAUCAUGAUAACGGGCCUUCUUCGGCUGCGUCGUCGGAUGGGAAGUCGAAGCUGUGAGAUGCCGCGCCGGAUGGAGGGGGUGGUUGUGUGUCUGUGUAGGAGAGUGUGCGUCGAAUGGGCUUGAUGUGGCUUGGAGGAUGACGGAUGGAUGGAAUGGACAUGCACCAAGUAUAUAUAUAUAAACACAUAUCUGCCUCCGUGCGCGGCAUGUACAGGCACGCCUGAACACAUACGUGCACACAGACACGGGGCGACGCGGGAAUAUAAUAAUAUUACCAUUACUAGUC